UCGCCAGUUGCACCUGAGAGACAUCAUGGGAUUCUAGUAAGCUCAGUUUGAAGGUGCGAUUUAUAUAUAUAUAUAUAUACAAGGAUCGUCUUCAGGACAAACGAAGAAAAAUAAGCCUACAACAGGCAACAGCUUUAAAGUCAGAAAGUACUUCACCUUUGGUGCCAACCUUGAGUUCCUCCAGAUUCUUCAGCGAUUCUUCGGCCGUUCGGCGUUGCGCUUUCUUCGUUAGUUUAGAAGUAAUUCACUGAAGAGUUUGGAGGAACUCAUGGGUGCUGCCAAACUUCCCCUACUCCGUUUCAGAAAAACCCCAUUGUCUUGACUACUUAGCCCUAAACAGCCUCAUAAAGUCUGGGUUUAGUGGGUUAAAUCUUUUCAGACCCACCCAUUGCACAUUAAGGCUGGCGGCCCAUGGAAUGGCCCCACACAGUGUCUUUUCGGGCACCUAAACGUGGAAAAGAAACAAUGAUGACGAACUCAUGGCCGUCAGAUGGGGCUAAAUCAACAUCCAGAAUCGCCGUUCAAAUUUCAAACCGCCUUAUCAGAAUUCGACCGUUACAGCCGAAGAUGUUUUCUCAAGCUAAGCCUGAAAAGUUUAAGACCAUGAGGAUCAUGAGACGCCAUGGUUGGCAGCGACCUCUCCACCCUUUACAGAUGGUGGGAAUGGCAGUAUAUAGUUUUCUAGUUGUGGUCUUUUAUACAUUUUUAGGCCUCUUGCUUGGAAACAGAAUUGCUGAAAUCACUGUCACAACUAUCUUUUCCUUUGUGGCACUCUCAGUUAUGUUCCUGUUUAUUAGGUGUACUGCUAUUGAUCCUACUGAUAAAAUCAGCUCUAGGAAGAAAAAAAGAGGCAAAUCUAAAGGGAUUCUGAAGCUAAAUUAUGGGUUCAUAUUGACCCAGAUUGUUGUAAGGUUUUUUAGGCGGUUGGAGAAGAAGAUUCUUAGGACUUUUAUAAGGAGGAAAUAUCUGGAUCCAUGGAAAACCGAUAUCCAAAUGGAACCAUUGCUACCAUUUCCCCUCGUCAUGAAAGAUGAUGCAAUUUCACCUGACCUUAAAGAGGGCGACAUCUCUUAUUGUUCUCUUUGUGAUUUUGAGGUGAAAAAACAUAGCAAGCACUGUAGGACUUGCAACCGGUGUGUUGAAGGUUUUGAUCACCAUUGCAGGUGGCUGAACAACUGUGUAGGGAAAAGAAAUUAUACAACAUUCAUUCUUCUAAUGAUUUUUGUCUUGUUAAUGCUAAUCCUAGAAGGUGGAACUACUAUUGCCAUAUUUAUCAGGUGCUUUGCAGAUAAGAAGGGAAUAGAGCAGGAGCUGGAGAAAAGGCUAUAUAUAGAGUUCCCUAGAGAAGUUCUUGCCACAAUAACAAUUUUGUUGGCUUUGUUUACUGCCUAUGGUUCGGCAGCAAUGGGACAGCUUUUCUUCUUUCAUGUAGUUCUGAUAAGAAAGGGAAUGAGAACAUAUGAUUAUAUACUGGCAUUGAAAGAGGAGAACCAAUUUACAAUAGACCCGUUUGAAAACUCAGAUAUCUCGUCAGAUGAUAGCUCUGAUUUUGAUUCACCUGAAAAACCAACAUUGUUGUCAAGGCUUAUAUGCAGAGGACAGAGAACUCAGAACCCAUCACGAGUGUCCAUAAGAAUUGAUGGAGAUCCAGAAGCUUCCACCUUAACCAGCAAGAAACAAGGCUUCCAUGUAAGCAUUGACCCAUGGAAACUGAUAUAUCUGAGUAGGGAGAAAGCUCUUCUAGCAGCAGAGAAGGCUAGAGAAAGGCUUAUGAAACAAAAGCCAGCGGUGGAACUUGAUCCAUUGAAGCCGUUACCAUUGGAGACAAAACAUGGCCCAUUAAUUAAUCUAGAAAGAAAUAUGGCCUCAGGAACAGCAACACCACCGCCUCUCAUUUCCAAAAGCAGGCUUCCUGGUUCACCAAGAUGGUUUGCAAGCCCAAGGCGUCGAUUUUCUGGCUCACCUACCAUGUUCUCCAGUGUGAUUCCGUCACCAAAAGAAAAAUAUAGGAGCAAUUUCGAUUUGAAGUUAACAGAGGUUUCCAGGGAGCUUGAAACAUUCAUUUCGAGGCAGGUUUUAUGUUCUGUUAUAAAAAAAGAUGGCAGUGAGGCAUCUCCAAGAUAAAGACGUUUGAAUUUUAAGGUUCUUAGCUCUGAGAAAGAUUCAUUGGCUAGUUCAAGGCUCUGAUCUCAUUAGAUUUAUAAGUAAGGUCGGCAAUUUAAUCCAUGAUUUU